AUGGGCGUCUUUGCCACUGGCAAGUUCUCAAUCCAAGGCCAAACAGAUCAAGAUGUGAGUGCGGACGUUCCAAAGCGGAAUUAUGAGAGAGAGGGAGAGGCCAAGGCUUCUCUCGAAGACGAGAAUCAAGUCCAAUGAAAGAGAGAACAAAGACUCACCCCAAAUUUGCUUCUUGCGGUCUUUGUCCGUGCUGAUUGCACCUUCAGUGCGAGGUGUGGUCGCACCCAGAGGACGCUGAGCUUCUGGGACAGCCGGCCAAUUCGGGAUCUCACAUCUUGGCCAUGUGCAGACAGGUCGCCUUGACGCUCGACAUUUCUAUCAACAAAGGUUUCAAAGCAGGCAAUGACAAAGAUGCUGCUCGCGCCCCCAAGAACAGCAGAUUGUGA